AUUCCAACUUGUAAACUUUCUUUUUCAAAAAAAAGUGAAAGAAAAAAUGAGUGACCACGAUUUUUUGGGCGGUAAACCUUAUUCUAGCGCUAUCAUUGUUGCCGUAUACUUUGUUUUGUUCCUGCUCGUUGUAUUCUAUUGCUUUGUUGCGAGACGGAAUCGUUCAUGGGUUGAAUUCCGUGGAAAAAGAGUGCUUCUUAUAACCGCCCAUCCGGAUGAUGAAUGUAUGUUUUUUGGACCAGUAAUUUAUCAUGCUUCCAAAGAGGCUGCCUCAUUCUCUCUUCUUUGUAUGACUAAAGGGGAUUUUAAUAACGAGGGCGAACAAAGGAAACAAGAGCUUCUGAAAAGUUGUAAGAUACUUGGCAUAAAAAAUGUGACGACUUUGGACAAUAAGAUGAUAGUUGAUGAUCCUAAUCAAAUGUGGAAUGACGGUUUAGUCAGUGAUGUUUUGCUUCAGCAUUUCAGAACUCACAAGAUUAACGCUGUGAUAACCUUUGACGACUAUGGUGUGUCAGGACACAACAAUCACAUAUCAAUCUACCAAGGAAUGAGACGCCUGAUUGAUCAACGCUCGCUACCGCAUGCGAUCUCUGUAUACACACUGGAUAGUGUGACGUUGGUGAGGAAAUAUAUUUUUAUCCUGGAUCUUAUUUGGAGCUAUCUCACUCGACAACUGGUCUAUGUUUCUGGUUUGAGUCAUGUCUGGCAUUGUCAGCAAGCAAUGGCAGCCCACAAAACACAAUAUGUUUGGUUCAGGAAACUAUAUGUGAUCUUCUCUCGUUACAUGAUUAUCAACACGCUCACUCAGAUCUGGGGGUAUGAAAAUAAAUAAACCCCAUUAUGGCUGGACAACCCUGGGAACAAGUUUAGAUUGGAAGAAAAACAUGAAAACAAAGAUGAUUAAUAUUUAUAUAAAACUUUUGUGGUUUAAAGUUCCAAUCAACGUUUGCAAAGAUGCAAUGCAGUUUAUAUUUUAACACGUAGUUUGCAUAAAACAUUUUCUUAUGUACUACAUAUGCAACAUAUGCAAAAUUGGUGAUAUUGAAUGCAAUUCAAACGAAAAACGAGACUAUUCACCAGCCUCAUUAUACCUCGUUUCCAUUGCAUUCAACGCAGCCAAAAUGCAAAGUUCAAAACAGGUUGAAAUCAGGUAUCUAUAUAUUAACGCCUUUUGUUUUGACCAUGCUCUAUUGUCGGUGAAUAAAAGAUAUUUGGGAUUUGAAACAAAGCUCUUUCUCAUCUAAUAUCACCGACAAUAGAACAUCCCGACAUUCAGCGUCAUGUGGAAACCAAGAAUAUGUGCACGCGUAACGUUUUCGAGCCUUUUCACAUUCGUUUUCACACCAAAAAGGUUUCAAACACUGUCAAUUCACGAUAGAAGUUGAAGCUAAUUUAGUCGGUAUACAACGUAUUUCGUUGUGUGGACAGGGCGUGUAAAUAAUAAAAUAAUAAAAUAGACAAAAAAGAUGUUGAAAACGACGCUCGUGUGCACAUGUGUCAAAGUUUUAUGUUUUGACCGUACGUAUUUUUUAUUUUUCCCAUUUCGUUUCAUGCAUGCAACGUGAUUAGUUUACGUUUCUAUGGCAACAUGUUGCCAAUGUAAAUAUCGUAUUUAUGAUUAUGUUACCUGUAAAGGCGUUUUAUUUUUUUUUAUAUAAGGCAUUCGUUACUUUGUUAAUAUAUUUAGUUCUGUUGAUACAAAAAGAAAUAAAGAUGAUGUAUUUAUUCUUUUAAUA